CAUGUCAAAAUACAUUUAUUUGAUUGAACUGAUAUUUUUAACCGGAAUGGCAGAUGGAAUUUGUGGUUAUCGUCCCUUAAAAAACUUAUAAUACACUGGAAUUAAAACUGAGAAACUGAAUAACAGAGAAAUAAUUAUUGAUAUAAGUUUAUUUUCAAUCAAUUCAUCAUGUCAUGCCAGUAAAUAACAUUUCUUAUUGAGAGAAAAGAAAUAAACUGAACAUGUGUGAUGAGUUAUUUACAAAACGUGUUCCAAUAUUAUUCAAGAGUCCAGACAGGGAGGACAGGCGAGAACAUGUUUAUUUGAAGAUGGAACUUCAAACCUUGUCGUCACCUCUCCACAAAAAGGAGCUGGUAGUAAGACUGACAGAUGAAAGAGAUUUAUUUUUCUUGUACACGUUAAGAUUAGGUGAAGAAGAUUUUCAGAGUUUGAAAACUCAGCAAGGUUUGUUGGUGGAUUUUGCUGCUUUUCCACAGAAGUUUAUAGAUCUGUUAGAAAUGUGUAUACGUGAAGAACACAAGGAAAUGCCAAAAUUUAUCUUACAUUUUGUGAGUCAAGGUAGUUACACUAAUGAGAGAACUACAGGAAUGUUAAAUGUUAUAGAGACAAAUCCAUUCAAACAUCUUACACAUCUUAGUCUAAAGUUUAUACCAGGAACAGAUUCAGAUGUCAAGAAAUAUCUGGCAGAUUGUCUUAAACAACUAAAGGAUACCAAUGCAUUACUACAACAAAGAUUAGAGCAUACAGAUACAGAUCUAAAUCAGAGACUCCAGCAAACACAAGAGACAUUGAGCAGUAAGACAAUAGAAUUAGAUAACCAUAAAGCUGAAUGGUCAGCCAGAUUGAAUGAAAUGUCUGCUAAACAUAAAAAUGAAAUGGCAACUGAAAAAGAAAAGAUGCUGCAGAUGCAGAGUAAUUUCCAACAGAAACAGGAGCGAGAUAGGAAAGAUUUAGAACAAGCACACAUGAAGAUUGUAAAGCAAUUAGAAUCACGCUUGUAUGAAUUCGAAGGAUCUAAUAAGGAUCUCACAGACAGGAAAUAUAAAGCAGAGUCUUCUAUAAGAGAGUUGAAAUCUAAAUUAUCUUCUCUUGAAGAGGAACAUUUGAGGGCAAAACAGGAACUUCAGAGUUUACGGAAACAAAAUACUACAUUGGACAGUGAAUAUCAUGAACAAGAAAAGUUAAUAAAUCAAAUGAGAACUAAAUUAGCUGUGUUAGAGCAGGAGAUGAAGGAUAAGGAAAAUCUUAUAGCAAAAUCUUCAGAUUUGUUAGGAUCAGAGCAAGACCAAAAGAGAAAAUAUGAAGAAGAACUAGAUGGUAGAGUGAGAGAAAAACAGAGGCUUGAAAAUAAAGUUAAAGCAAUGUCAGAGGAACUCAUGAAGGGAAAUGAAAUAAUAAAAAAAUUACAAGGAGAAAUUAAAAAUUAUCAUGCUAAGAUUAAAUUAAGAAAUCAGAUUGCCACAGAACAAGAAAAACUUUUAGGAGAUAAAGACCAUGAAUUAGAAAAGUUACGUCAAGAUUUAGCGACAACAAAAAAUACUCUCAAGACCACAGAUGAUGAGAAUAAAAAGUUAAGUGAAAACUUAGAGACAACUAUAAAGAAGUUAGAAGAAAGUAAACAGUUGUUAAAGACAAAUGAGAAUGUGAUUAAUUGGUUAAAUAAACAGAUUAAUGAGACACAGAUGACACAUCAGAGAUUAGGAACAUUUGAAAUGCCAGGAGCCACAUCUAAAUUUAGACCUACAGGAACUGCUGUGCACAAUUAUAGUACAUCUAGUUAUGGUUCAGCAGGAUCUCACACGGACUCACACCAUUAUAACUCAGGAGUAGGAGUACCAAGAAAUUAUCCUAACAGACAACCACAAGUGCAAUACAACCCAGGUAAUCCUAGGAGAACUACAAUACCUCAGCCAUCAGGAAGUAGAGGUGGUCCUCCUCCUCCUAUUCCAGAGGAGAUAAGACCUCACCACCACUCACCUGCCUCCAACCAUUCAGGAGGAGAUAAAGAGAAUGACCCACCUUUAGACCCAAAGUAUUUACAGAAAAGUGAUGAAGCAAUACACAUCAGAGGACUAGGACCUAGGACACAUUCUCCUCCUACAAUAUCUAGCUCUGCUCCAAAUCUGAACUCUGUCCGACUAAGUCAGCAGGGUAUUGUACCAAGGACUACACAACCUCCUCUUGCCUCAGCUUAUUUUCCAGGACAAAAAAUGUCUUGAUGUUUAAAAGAUAUUUUUUAGGAAAACUUUAUAAAAUAUCAAUUUUGCCAGUGUCUAACACAAUCAACUCUAGUCUGUUCAGAACACUGACUAGAUUAGACACUAGAUUUCUGCAACAGUUGACAUCUUGCAGAAUAGCAAAGAAUUCGACCCUCCACUUCAUAUGCAUCUAUUCAUAAGCUCUAAUAAUAUGUUCUAGUGUCAUUUGAAGAGGAUAUGUUUAAUGAAAUAUUGUUAUUUUGUGUGAAACAACAACAAAGUUAAUUCAUGAAUGUUAAUAAACCUAGCUUGUUUAACUAUAUGCUGUAGCUAAACUUUCUGAAGUACCUCUAAAUAUGUUGCAUGGUAUAAGACCUUUCCCAGUAAAAAAUAUAAAAAGCAUUGGUGUUGAAAGACACCAAAAAUAAAUAAUGUAUAGUUGGUUAGGGUUUUGAUGACAUACAUUGUUGAUUACUAUCUGGUGGCGACUACAGCAUGAAUUAUUUGAAUAAAGCUUUAUAUUUCAGAAGGUAGAAUGACCUAGAUACUUCACACCUUGGAUGAAGAUGCGUUAUGUUUACAAAAUUUCUGUCUGUCAUAUGCCCAUUGUCCUUAUUUUCAUGGUUCAGUGAUUGCUUGAAAAAAAAUGUAUAAUUUUUUUUGUUUUGUGAAAUACUCGCUUAUUAUGAUUAAUAGGAUAACUAUAUUUAGUAUAUAGGAUCCUUGAAAGGUCGGAAUGUCCAUCAGACAGGGUUCACCUGACCUCAAUUUUAUUUCAUGGAUCACUGAUCAAGAUAAAGUUUUUUGUGGUCACGUCCCUAUCUCAGAUACUAUUAACUAUAUUUUGUGUAUGAAAUAAUUGUAAGGUGUACAGUAGGUCUGGCAGGUUUCAUCUAUCCUUGACCGAAUUUUCAUGGUUGAUUGAUCAAUGUUAAGUUCUUUGUGGUAUCUCAGAUUCUAUAAGCAAUAGAUCAGCUGUUGGUGUAUGGAAUGAUUGUAAGGUUUACAUGUCUGUCUAGUAGGGUUCAUCUGACCUUGACCUUAUUUUCAUGGAUCAUUGAAAAUGAUAAGUUUAUGUGAUUCAGGUAUUAAAACCUUCCUGUUACAGACUUUCAACAUAAAUUCAAGCACUCUUGUUUUAAUCUGGUGAAAAUACAUUUUGUGUACUUAAUAUCAAAUAAAUUCUUUAGAAGUUAUGACCCCUUAGUCAUUCAUGAUUUAUUUUGUAACAUCAGUUUUAUGAUAAUUUUUCAUUAUUUAACAGUUUUUAGCAUAAAUAACUUAGGCCACAAUCCGUGAAUCCGAAAAUUAUUGUGUCUAGGGAUUCAUUAUAAACUUUGAACAUUUUAGAGCCAAUGUUUUACUGAAGCUUUUAGGUCUGAAAAAUGCUGAAAACAAUGGUGUUUUGGCAUCAUCUUAAAAAUGUGAUGACUUUGGAGUCUAUAAUGGACUCUUAUGAAGAGAUUGGUUUUACUAAGCAUUAAGGCAUUGAAAUACAUUUAAGAACUUAAGUGUGGCCUUUUUGAUAUUUAUGAUGAAGAUGAAAUUCAAGCUAUAUUUUGGAAAAAGUGAACCUUAUCCUUUACAAAGUUGGUGGAUAUAAGAAACAGUGUCUUCCAAACUCUACAUUUUCAUUUUAUAGCCAUAAGCAAUUUUGUUUCUAUAAAUGGAUAAACAUAUUUUU